AUGGCUGCAGAAGAUGCGCUGCAGGAGCUGCGAGAGACACACCCGGAAAUAUUUGAAGAGUCCAUCGAGCAAAUAAAGCUAAAAACCCGCAUGAUUGAAAACGAGGUGCGGAUGCUGAAAAACCACAUAACUUCGAUAACGUACGACUACGAGGCGAGGCGCGAGAAGAUCCAGGAGAACAAGCAGAAAAUAGAGCUGAACAAGCAGCUGCCCUUCCUGGUGGGGAAUGUGGUCGAGAUUUUGGACCUGGACGCGUCUGUUUCCGAGGGGUCCAACAUCGAGGAAACCACGAGCCAAAAGGGGCUGUGUGCGGUCGUGAAAACGUCGAACCGCGUGACGACGUUCCUGCCCUUUGUGGGGCUGGUCCCUGCUGAGGACCUGAAGCCUGGGGAUUUGGUGGCCCUGCACAAGGAGACGAACAUUGUCUUUGAGAAGCUCGAGGACGACUACGACGUGCGGGUGAAGGCUAUGGAGCUGGACGAGAAGCCGACGGACUCGUACGAGGACAUUGGGGGGCUGGAGAGGCAGAUGGAGGAGCUGUACGAAGGCGUUAUUUUGUCGAUCACGCACCCGGAGAAGUUCAAAAAGCUGAACAUCACGCCCCCAAAGGGGAUUCUGAUGUACGGCCCGCCAGGAACGGGGAAGACGCUGAUGGCCCGAGCAUGCGCUGCAAAAACGGGGGCCACUUUCUUGAAGCUGGCGGGCCCGCAGCUCGUGCAGAUGUAUAUAGGAGACGGGGCAAAGCUUGUCCGAGACGCAUUUGCGCUGGCUCGGGCGAAGUCCCCUGCAAUAAUAUUCAUAGACGAAAUAGACGCGAUCGGAAUGAAAAGAAGCGACUCCGACAGCACGGGAGACAGGGAGGUGCAGCGGACUAUGCUGGAGCUGCUGAACCAGCUGGACGGAUUUUCAGGAACUCCGAACAUAAAGGUGAUAGCAGCCACAAAUCGCGUGGACAUUCUCGACCCGGCGCUGCUCCGGUCUGGGCGAUUUGACAGGAAAAUAGAGUUUCCGCUGCCGAACAAGGAGGGAAGGAAGAGGAUACUGCAGAUCCACUCUAGGAAGAUGGCGAUGGACCCGAACGUGAACCACGAGGAGCUUGCCAGGUCUUCGGAGGGCUUCAACGGGGCCCAGUGCAAGGCCGUGUGCGUGGAGGCAGGCAUGAUUGCGCUGCGCGCAGGGAGAAACAUGAUCACGCAGAACGACUUGAUAGACGGCAUUCAGGAGAUUCUCUCCACUAAGAAGGCGAACCUGCACUAUUUCUCGUAA